AUGAACAUUUGCAAAGAUAAUGUUCUAGCCAGAGAAUCAACCAGUGCAGGCAGAAUCAGCCUCCCACAGAUCAACAUUCCUUUGGAGCUGCAGGAGAUGGGCGUCUGCCAUGAUGCAGUAUGUGAGUCAGUGGAUAAAACCUAUUUUGGUUUUAGAAUUCCAGGUCUUGAUUUUAUCCGAGUUGAAGGUUUUGUGUUUUCUCAUGUUGCUGAUGAAGGGAUCAUAAACGCCUGUGCAGGUAACCUGCUACGAUACAGAAAACUAAUUGGAGCAGAGAAUAUUCAGAUUUUUGCUGACAUUAAAAAAAACACAGGUAAACACAAUGCUCAUGCUCUGACGGCAGAUAUCAGCGUGGCUGAGACCGCCUCUGCUGCUGAGCUCUUCCUGGCUGAUGGGGUGGUACUGACCGGUACAGCAACCGGGCUGCCCGCAGACCCUGGGGAGCUGAGAGAGGUUCAGCAUGCUGUGAAGAUUCCUGUUUUGAUUGGAUCUGGAGUUACUCUGGAGAAUGUGAAGAAUUACUUGGAUGCAAAUGCUCUAAUAAUUGGUUCGUAUUUCAAGAGAGAAGGUUAUUGGGCGAAUGGUGUUGAUCCUGACCGAGUGAAGAAAUUUAUGGAGCGUAUAAGUAAACUGAGAGAAUGAGUUAGUCAGCAAGCACUAUUUUCCUGUUUGUGUACAUAUAUGCAGUGUGAUAUACCAUACAGAAUUAAAGCACAAAUGUGCACUUGAAUGGCUGAUAACUUUAAAUGAAAACGCACAUAAUCUCUGUAACUAGCUGUGGAACAUGGUGGCACUUUACAAUGAACUGGUGCUAUGGUUUUUGUUUCUAGACUGUAUGUUUCUGUGGCACACAAAGUCAUCGCCAAGACAAAACCAGCUCUCCAAACGUGUGUAGCAUUUUCUCUCCUAUAAGUAAAGUGCUUACGGAUUGCAGGAUGAGCUGAGUUUUGUUUUGCAUGUUAAUACAAUAGGACACCCUAAGUUUACAGCUAACAGUAUUGUAAAUUGGACAAGUUAAUUAGCCUUUCAGUUUCCCCAUCUGUAAAAUGAUGAUAAUAGUACCUACAUCACAGGGGGGUUGUAAGACAUAAUGAAUGGAUGAACGUACAGCACUUUCAUCUCCUCAAAUGAAGGGCUCUAUUAAAGUUCAAGAUCAUUAUUUUUUCAUUAGAAUUGUGCAUUUAUUACAAAAAUGUAGUAAUUGUAUACCAUACAAAAAUUUAAGAUAAUUGGGAAAUUGAUUUACCUACAAUACUUAUUAGAGAAUAAAUGUAAAUAUUUAAUUACA